GUAAACAAAUUACAUUAUACCAUGGCGGCAGACUCUAUGGAAAUCGAUGAUGCUUUGUAUAGUCGCCAGAGGUAUGUUCUUGGAGACACGGCAAUGCAGAAGAUGGCUCAGUCCCAUGUAUUCCUGAGUGGUAUGGGUGGCCUUGGUGUGGAGAUUGCCAAAAAUAUAAUUCUGGCUGGGGUAAAGGCUCUUACAGUUCAUGACACCAAGCAGUGCACGAAAUGGGAUUUGGGAAUAAACUUCUUCAUCCAUGAAGAUGAUAUUACCAGUCAAAGGAACAGGGCUGAGGCCACACUUCAUCGUAUUGCAGAACUCAAUCCAUAUGUCCAUGUAGCAGCAUCAACUGUGCCACUAGAUGAAACCACAGAUAUGUCUUUUCUAAAGCAGUACCAGUGUGUCAUAUUGACUGAAGUAAGUCUGUUGCUGCAGAAGAAGAUUAAUGACUUCUGUCAUGCUCAGCAGCCACCUAUUAAGUUCAUCAGUGCAGAUGUAUAUGGAAUAUGUUCACGUUUGUUUUGUGACUUGGGUGAUGAAUUUGAAGUGCUGGAUACAACAGGAGAGGAGCCAAAGGAGAUCUUCAUUUCCAAUAUAACACAAUCAAAUCCUGGUAUUGUCACUUGCCUUGAAAAUCAUCCACACAGGCUUGAAACAGGGCAGUUCUUAACCUUUCGGGAAGUUAAUGGAAUGUCAUGCUUAAAUGGAUCCACACACCAAAUAACAGUGGUGUCACCUUAUUCCUUCAGCAUUGGCAAUACGUCAGAUAUGGAGCCUUACUUACAUGGAGGCAUAGCUGUCCAAGUGAAGACACCCAAGGUGUUUUACUUUGAACGGUUGGAGCAGCAGAUAACAAAUCCCUUAUGUCUUGUUGCAGAUUUUAGCAAGCCUGAGGCACCUUUGCAGAUCCAUGUUGCCAUGCUUGCCUUGAACCACUUCCAGGAGAACUUUGGUCGCAGACCGAACAUUGGAUGCCUUCAAGAUGCUGAGGAAAUGCUGAAAAUAGCCGUGUCUAUAAGUGAAACACUGGAAAACAAACCUCAGGUGAAUGGAGACAUAGUGAAGUGGCUGUCUAGGACUGCUCAGGGAUUUCUAGCUCCUCUGGCUGCAGCAGUGGGUGGUGUUGCUAGCCAGGAAGUCUUAAAAGCAGUAACAGGAAAAUUUUCUCCAUUGCAGCAGUGGCUAUAUAUAGAUAUGUUAGACAUUGUAACACCUCUAGAAAAGAUGGGCUCUGAAGAAUUUCUCCCACGGGGAGAUAGGUAUGAUGCCUUGAGGGCUUGUAUUGGAGACUCUCUGUGCCAGAAGCUGCACGAUUUGAAUGUUUUCUUGGUUGGCUGUGGAGCGAUAGGCUGUGAAAUGCUAAAAAACUUUGCACUUCUUGGUGUCGGUACUGGGCAAGACAAAGGAUUG